AUAAGAGCUUAUUUUAUUCGAUUGGGCUUCGGCCACUCCCCCCUUACUCUAUGUGGGCUUCAAAAAUAAGCUCGGCCAGACCUCUGGUCGAGCCAGACGUUGUUUUUGAGGCGCCUGCGCACAGUGCUCAAAGUGACGUAGGUCAUGAUUUUUAAAACUCGCGCGCACAACCAACCCACAUGGUUUUGCCCGCUGAAAUUGAUAAACAUAGCUGCUCUGUGCUCGCAGACUGUGUGAAUCCUUGAAUUAUUUCGAAAAUGAGCAAACCCACCGUUCCAAAGGUUAAAAAACCUAGGAAAAAAACCCCAAUCUUGCCGGACCUGAAGCCUGAGGUUGAGGUGACGGACGCAGAGAAGGAGAAACUCAUCGACUUGGUAAAAAUAACCCCCAGCGUAUGGGACACUUCGUCUGAAGACUACAAGAACUCAAAAGACGUUGAGGAAACCUGGAAAAAGUGGAGUCGUGAAUUAAAAUUUGACUGCAAGAAUACUUUCAAAAAUCUCAGGAAUAAUUUCUCAACCCAACGCAGAUCAAACACUGACUCGUCACGAAGUGGAUCGGAAGGAGGAAAAAAACAAAAACUUUUUAAGUUUUAUGACAAAAUGAUGUUUCUGAAUGACGUAAUCAUUAGUAGGCAAAAAUCUUCAAAGACUGUUUCAAGCAUGGAAUAUAAGCCAAAAUCAACACCCACUGAAUUGGAAGAACCUACUGAUAUUGUCGAUUGUGAAGAUCCUGAGUUGGAGGAAGACAACUUUGAGGAGGAGACACCAAAGCGUAAGAAGAAGAGGUCUGCCAACUUUGAUCUAAUUUCAGACACAGUUGGCAUGAUAAUCGAUAACUGCCCAAACUACCAACACCACCACCUGCUAAGGUCAAGCCUGGCAGCUUUGAAGCUUUUCCAGAGCCACUGAUUCAGUGUUUAGUCACAUGGGGAAAUAUGCUCAAGGACAAUGAGAUAUCUGGAGACAUAUUGAAGACAUUUUCAAGGACUGUUCAGAGACAAAUUCUUGAUCUGGCUGAAAGCAAUCAGGCCAUUUAUGAUCACUACUGAUUGAAUAUUUGGGCACAAGUGCAAUUAAACCCUUUUAAUCUUUUUAAAACAUAAGCAAUUUUUCAUUAAGUGCAAUCAUCUUUUGUUAAACCAAACUUAUUUAAAUGAAGACUUGUUUGUGUUUUUAUUAACCAGUUUUACUUUUAAUCAGGUUGUAUUUUUCUACAAAAACCUAAAUUAAAAUGCGCAUUUAAUAUGUUUAAAAUUAAAACUUAGUGACAAUAUUUACACAAUUUCCAUCUGGAAGGUUUAAUUAAAACAACUUGUUUAUUGAUAUAAAAAUACAUGUAUUUUUUGAAAGGAAAUAAAAGUUU